AUGUAUAGCUCAACUAGCUCAACUACAGGGAGUGAAAAAGUGAUUACUAUUCAUCAAGAGAUUAACCAGCUCAGCUUUAAUCUCGAUGAAGAGGGUUUUCCAUCAACAGAGAGGGCUAAAUUGCACGUAUUUUUCACUAAAAAUUCGAAUAAUAUAGAGUUCUUAGACCUUGUAUCAAAUGUUCUCAACACAAUCCCAAAUGAUAACUACAAUGAGAGACUCAUGUACCUGAAAGAAUUGUUGCCUGCUAUGGAGUUACAAACCACUAUUAUGAAUCUGGACACAGAUAUAAUUGAUGAUAAUGAUUUAAUGGAAUGUUUCAUAGAACUAGAUUUGUUCAGCUGGUGGUUCAGGCCGAAUUCGAACACUUUGAAAUUAUAUGUCAAUGGUUAUUCUCAAUGGAUGGAACUAAAGAACUUGAUGAUAGGGAAAUAUCCUAAUGCUAAGCAAAUAAACAGAGAUGCAUUUUUCCUUGAGAAAGAAGUGGAUGAGAUGAAGUUCGAUAAUGUUUGA